AUGUCAUUAGAACAACAGGAUGAAACAGUAGUUGAAGAAGAAACAAAAACAAGUUUUGAAACAAAUAAUUCAACUGCCAAUAAUACCAACAACAAUACAGAUAAUACAUAUAAGGAGGAAAUUUUAAAGAGUACCGAAUCUAUAACUCGAAAUGAUGAUAAAGUUGAUCCCACUUCAGCAACAGCAUUAGAAAAAGAUAUAAUAAAUAAUGGUGAAUAUAGUGGAAGUAGCAGUAGUAGUGGUAAUAAUAAUAUUAAUGGUAGUAAUAAUAUAAAAAAUAUAGUUAUUGAAAAAGUUGAGCAAUUAGAAAGAGUGGUUGUUAAUAAUAAUAAUGGUGAUGAGAAUAAUAAAGAUAUUCACGAUAGUAGCAACAAUACUGAAGAUAUUGAUAUUAGCAAGUCACAUAUUAUAAAAUACGAUAAAGAUGAAAUGUCAACUAUAUCUACAAUACACUAUUCAGAUGAUGAAAGUUCAAAAGAAAAACAAGAUAACAUUAAUAGUAAUAAUAAUAAUAAUAAAAAUAAAAAUGAACAAAUUAUAAAUAGUGAGAAUAUAUUAGAUACUCCUAUGACAGAAGCUUCAGAUCAAACAACUCCUUCUGAUACACCACCAACUUUAACAAAUAACACAUCAUCAACAACUACUACUACUACCACCAACAAUACAACAACUGCUGCAACUACUACAACCAAUAGCAGAAGAAAACGAAAUUCUCUUAGUACACCUUCUAGUGAAAUGGAUCCAGUAUUAGAUUCAACAUCAGAAAAUAAUACAACUAGAAAGACUAGAGGUUCAAGAAAUUCUAAAAAAGAACCAGAAGAACUUUUACUAACACCAGAACAAGCAAAAGAAUUAUCAAAUAAAAGUAAAAAAUGGAUAUAUGUCCCAAUUAUUGAAGCAGAAGCCAAAAAAGAAGAAGUUCUUCCUGCAAAGAGAGAUAGAAAACAAGUAUUUAACGAAAAUAUAUUUUCAUCAUCAAGAAAAUCAACAACAAAAGGUGGUGAAAAGAAAAAUGAUACAGCAUCAACAACCAAUACACCAAUUAUAACAGCACAACAAAAUACUACACCAUUAUCACCAACACAAACAACAACAACAACAACAACACCAACAACAACCACUGCACAACAAAAUACACCAGCACAAACAGAAUCAAAACCACCAACAACCAUUUCAAUAAAUAUUAAAGGAUCAAAAUCACCAAAAACAACUGGUGGUAAACAACAGAAACCAACUCCACCUUCACCAGUGGUUAUAUCACAACCAGUAGUCCCAUCUACACCAGUAGUUGCUACUACUAAAAAAACAAAUAGUAGAUCUAAAAGGUCAACUGCAAACAACAACAGUGAAACCACACAAACACCAGAAGUUGUUAUUUCAGCACCAACUACAACUACGGCUGCCAUUACAACACCAAUAAAUAUAACACCAUCUUCUGAUUCUGCAACUAUUCAACAAUUACAACAAUCAAUUUCAAUGUUGGAGGAUAAAAUAAGAUUAAUUAGCUCAAAUAAUAAAGUAGCAACCGAAAUUUUAAAUAAUACAAUAACAACAACUACAACAACAGCAGCAACAUCAGCAAUAAAAGAUGAAGAAAUUAUCGAAAAUACAGAAUUACAAACAACUUUUACAAAAAGUUCAACUUUAGCACCACCUUCAUCAGAAAGAAAAUAUUCAAAUUUAUAUAGCGAUGACGAAGACGAUACUGAAAUGGUAGAUGUCUCUGUAUCAAUACCAAUACCAAUACCAAUACCAACACCAACUCAAACCACAACUAAAAAAACAACUUUAUCAAAAAAAAGAAAAUCGAAUACAUCAACUAUAAUACCCACAACAACAAUACAACAAGAACAAGGACAAGAACAAGGGCAACAACAACCACCACAACAACAACAACCACCACAACAACAACAACCACCACAACAACAACAACCACCACAACAACAACCACCACAACAAUCAACUUCACCAUCAAAAACACAACAAGAAAAUACAUCAUCAACCACUACUACAACAACCACUACUACAACAACAACAAAUACAGAAGAUACAACAACUGUUAUAGAUAAAAAGCCAAAAAAGAAACCAAGACAUUCAGCUCCAUUGAUACCACAAAUAAAACCAAGACUUCCAUUGAACGGAGGUUCAAGUGAAAGAGCACAAAGAUCAUCAAGAGGUAGAAUGGGUAAGGCAAUGAGAGAUGUUGUUUUAACACCAGUAUUUAAGAGAUGUUUAGAUCUCUUGGAAGAACUUUUUGAACAUCAACAUUCUCCACCUUUUCUCGUUGCUGUGGAUCCAUACGCAUUGGGAAUCUUGGAUUACUUUGACGUCAUCAAGCAUCCAAUGGAUCUUGGAACUAUUAAAGCCUCACUUAUAGGUGGAGGUUACGAUACCAUUGAUAAAUUUGCCGAGGAUUGUCGUUUGGUAUUUUCAAAUGCUAAAACCUAUAAUCCUUCAACAAACCCUGUACAUAUUAUGGCACAAAGCCUCGAAGAUGUUUUUGAAAAAGGAUUCCCAAAGGUUUUAAUUGAACCACCUUCACCACCACCAAAGAAUGUCGAUCAAGAAAAAAUUGAAAAACUUUCAAAUGAUUUAAAAAAUGUUACAAAAGAAUUGGAAAAAUUUAAAAAAGAUGAUAGUAAUAGUAUUAAUAAUAAUAAUAACAAUAAUAAUAAUUAUAAUAAUAAUAAUAAUAAUAACAAUAAUAAUAGUAGCAGUAGUAGUAGUAGAUCUUCAAGUAGAAAGAGUCAUAGUAGUGGUAGCAGUAGUAGUCAUAGAAGUGGAUCAAGUCGUUCAAGUCGUGGUAGUAGUAGUAGUAGUAGUAGUAGUAGUAGUAGUAGUAGCAGUAGUAGUAGUAGUAGCAGCAGCAGCAGUAGUAAUAAUAAAAAAUAUCCAAAGGUUACAACUGAAGAGAAAACAAAAUUAGGUGCUGAAAUUACUCAAUUACCUGUAGAUUUAUUACCAUCGAUUCUCCAAAUCAUUCAUAAUACCAAUUCAUUACCUGAGCAAAAACCAGGUAGUGAAGUUGUUAUUGAUUUAAUGAAAUUUGAUGACGAUAUAUUAAGAAGAUUGAGUAAAUUUGUUGAACAAUAUAAAAAUGGCGAAAUACCACAACAUGCCUUACCAUUGUCUGCUCCAUCCUCUACUCACAGUAGCCAUAGUAGUAGUCAUGAUUCAAGUAGUAACAUUAGAGAAAUUGAAAAACUUCAAAAACAACUCGAUCGUUUGGGUAAAGGUCAACAAAAUAGUAGUAGUAGUAGUAGCAGUAGUUCACACAGUAAAAGAAUUUCAAAACCAAUUUCAAAAGCUCGUGGUCGUAAAGUAAUUUCAACUAGCUCUUCAAAUUUAAAUAAUAGUAGUAAUAAUAUUAAUAAUAAUAAUAAUAAUAUUAAUAAUUAUAAUAAUAAUAAUAAUUAUAAUAACAAUAAUAAUAAUAAUUUAAAUAAUAACAAUAACAAUAAUAUUAAUAGCAACCUAAAUAAUAAUUUAAAUAAUAAUAAUAACAAAGAUGAUAUUGUAAUUGAUGGUUUCAAAAAAGAAAAUUUCUCGUCUAUCCCUGAAAAGGAUGUAGAGACUGAUAUAAGUGAGUCUAGUGAUAGUGAAAGUGAUAGUGAAAGUGGCUCAUCCGAUUCAAGUAGUUCAUAUUCUGAUUCUGAUUUUAGUGAUAGUGAUAAUGAUAGACGUAGAAAUUAUAAUAAUAGUUAUAAUAAUAAUAAUAAUAAUAAUAAUAAUAAUAAUAGUAGUAAUAAUUUCAAUAAUCAAAAUAAUAGUUAUAAUAAUAGUAACAAUAAUAAUAAUAAUAAUAGUAGUAAUAAUAAUAAUAAUAAUAACAAUAAUAAUAGCAAUAAUAAUAAUAGUAAUAACAAUAAUAAUAAUGUUAAUAAUAAUAAUAAUAAUCAUAAUAAUAAUAAUCAUAAUAAUAAUAUUAAUAAUAAUAAUAAUAAUAUAAAUAAUAAUACAACUCAACCAUCGCCAUCACAACAAUCUACAUCACUAACAAAUGAACCAAUCAAACCACCAACCAUCUUACAAACAGUUAAAAAACCUGCACUUCCGGUGACUGGUUCUGUUGCAUCAUGGAGUUUUGAUCCAACAAAUAAUAAAGAAUCUUCCUCAUCAUCAUCUACAUCAUCCACAUCAUCUACAUCGAAUACAACUUUAACACCAAUCAUUCAACAAUCAUCACUUACACAUGCAUCAUCACCAAUUUCUUCUUCAACAUUUGUUUCCUUUUCAUCUUCAUCCUCAACCCCACCAACUAAUAACUUAUCUCCACCAUCACCAGGUCUCCCAAAUUCACCAUCUAUUAAUUCACCAUCCUCUCCAAGUGCAAAUAAUAAUAAUACCGAUUCAGCAUGGAACCAUUUUAAAGCAAAGAAUAUUACAUUAAAACAAAAGGAGAAAGAACGUGUUUUACAAGAAGAGGUAUUAAGAAAAGAAAGAGAAGAAAAAGAAGAAGAACUUAAAAAAGAAGAAGAAAAGAAAAGAAUUGAGAUGGAAGAAAUUAAAAGAUUGGCAAAGGAGAAAGAAGAAAGAGAAGCUGAAGAAACAAGAAAACAAAUUGAGUCUGAAAGAGCUGCUGCUAGAGAAGCAAGGGAAAAAGAAAAAUUAAAUAAUUCCAAAGGAAACAUGUCUUUUCAAUAUCAAAUGGAUGUGAUGGCUUCUUUUGAGGACAAUAUCGAUUCAUCAGGUUCACUCUUAAACUUACAACUCAAACCUAUUGAAGAUCCGUUGUAA